GCCUGCAUCUCGCACUAUCGCGUCUCAAGACCGAUGUAUUUGGGGUUGCGGAGAAUUCCUGCUGGUAGCUUUGUUCCGUUAUGUAGUUGGUGUUUGUCAGAGCAAGUGAAUGUAAGCGAGGGAGAGAAGGAACUUAGUUUCGUCGCGUCUCUGUUGUUGUCGUUGUUGAGCUCGGAAUCGUUUUAGUUCUGAUUCGGAGUUAAGGUUGUUCAAAAUGUUUCUGGAAACCGGGCAGAGGAAGGCCAGCGACCUGAGCAGUAUGUUUGGAGGCCCAGAGAAUGAUCACAAGCGUGCUGCUAUUAACUUUGUGGCGGAGCUCACAGGCUCGCCGCAUGCCGGGUGUGCUAAGAGGGUGUCGGAUCAGAAUGAUGCGCUUGUGCACGCCGAUGAGCUCCCUGUGCCCACGUUUGGAGUCGACAUGAACAUGCGAUGCACCUUCUGGAACAGUCGUGCUGCAGAAGUUACUGGCUGGACGGAAUCUGAGGUGUUUGCAAUGCCGAGGUUCACGUCCUCCUUGUUCAAUAAUCGGGACUGCGAGGAGUCUUUGAGAGCCGCGUUGGAGGGUCAUGAAACAAUUCAUGAGAUCUGGAGCCUGAAUAAUAAGUGGAGAAAGGAAAUCAAGACAGUGCUCUCGGCAAGCGCUCGUAGAGACGGCAUGGGUGAUGUAUGUGGGGCUGUCUGUGUUAUCAUGCCUUUAAGUCCCCCUAAAUUGGAUCAACCUGCCUUGAGUCUCAAUUGCACUGUCAGCGCCAUGGACCAUAUGAGCAUCCUAGAUUUGGAAGAGGAGCUUCCCAAUAGGUAUGGCAGCCCACGGGGUACUGAAGACCUCUUUUUGGCUGCACUAGAGCAUCCUCCAUCUCCCUACUUCGAUGGGUCCGUGAGGGAUACUAUGGACAUCUAUUGCGAUCAAGCGACUACAUCAUUCGAGGCCGAUGACUCAUCCUACUCCCAAGAAGUUGAGGGAUCAUCUAUCUGUUCACAAGAUUGGUGCAAAAGUGAGCAGAGCUCGGAAAAUCUUCGUGACGUCGGAAACAGCCUGGGAGGCAGCAGCUUCACUCAAGCAAGGGCAAUGGUGGUCGAUCCCAACGUCCGAGGCCGCAAGUCCCUCGGUCUCAUGCUAGAGCGCUUUGGCUUUGAAGUAUUCUGUGCUAGCAAUAAUACUGAAGCAUUGUACUCUUUCGAGCAGAGUAUGCAUGACCCAGAAGGCUUCUCCGUUGUGUUCACUAACCUCGACAGUGCACGGGGGGAAGAUUACGCUCUCAUUCGACAACUUCGUACCAUGGAAUCCCAUUGUGGCAGCGUAAAUGUUUCAAACCAAGCAAUAAUCCUUGCUGUUACGAAUUUCGACAGAUCUCAAGAGUCGAUGCAGAAAGAUAUGUCUGCCGGAUUGGAUGCAAUCAUACAGUAUCCAUGCCGAGUGCAACAGCUCCGGGAUACUCUUCAAUCAUUGGGUGUUCAAAUCGAUCAGUUGAACUUAUCGAAUAAGUCACCGCGUAUGUCAUUCAAUGCAUGGAACAACCCCCUCAUUCUCGCCAGGUAGCAUGGCUGAUCAGUAGUUUUCUCUUCCUGUACUCUGAUCUGCAAUUUUGUUUUACUGAUCAUAUUCCUACACAUGAAAAUUAUUUAUUAGGGUUUAGGUUCUUUAGUAACAUACACUUAGAUUUCCCUCUAGUUGCUUCCACCUUUUAAGUGAAGUAACUAGCUCAGAGAGAUUUUCUACUAUCAUCUUUUUAUGCGGUUUUCUGGUCGAUGUUGCACUGAUCUUUGCGUUAAGAUCUUGAGUGGAAAGAUCUUUGGGCAAUAGAGUCCACAGCUCCGGUUAGUUAACACGAGCUAGUUCUGCCAGCUUAUGAUAACUGGUUUUGUAGUUUAGUUAGCUUUCUCCAAUUCCAUAUUCCUGUACUCUAGUGAUGACCUUGCCUGAUGCACAGAAGGUUAAUCAUUCCUUGGGCUCCAUACAAAGGAUUACUAGAUACAUCCGGGUUGCCUGGAGUGUUUGCUUUGCAGGCCAUGGUGACCUGUGAUGAGUACAAUAUGUACUUCUGAUUCCGCUCCCAUAUUUUAUGGGAUAGUAAAAUCACCAGUAUCAUGCUCUUUGUUGCAA